CACACACACAUGGAGGAUGACAACGCAACAGGGCUUGCGAGGGAUUGUGAUCCAACUAGCUUUGAAUUCAGUGGAAAGGUUAUGUUGAUGAUCUCUAUUCUUGUUCUCUUACUGGUUCUCGCCAUCAUAGUCUGUUUCAUGUACACUCAUUGGUUCCACCUCCGUCGCUCACCCCACCUCCGCCAGGCCCACCCCUUAGCCCUCACCUCCUACCAUAAUAAUACCACCACCAGCAGUAGUAGUAAAGGGCUGGAACCCUCCGUCCUCAAAUCUCUCCCCAUUUUCUACGUCUCUAAAACCCACGGCCCUCCGCUAGAAUGCGCCGUGUGUUUAUCCGAGUUGGAAAACAACGAUAUGGGUCGGGUCUUACCCAAAUGCAACCACUGCUUUCACAUAGACUGCAUAGACAUGUGGUUUCAUUCUCACUCCAGCUGCCCACUCUGCAGAGCCCCAGUUCAACCCAUCGACAAUCCGGUUCAGGUCACCGAAAACCCUCUUGAAACUGUUGUAUUAAUUCUGGAAUCGCCCAGUUCGGAAUCCGGGUCAAAUUCUGGUUUAUCCCCGACUAGUAGGAGGGCCGAAAACCAAAUGUUCUCUACUUCUCCACCAGAGAAUUAUCGGAGCAAAUCUCCGGGAUUAAUGGGUAUUACCGUGGAGGUCCCAGUGACAGAGAAGGGUCCGAAGGCUUCAGAUGAGAUGGAUCUUGAGUCGAAGAAGGGUAACGGGUUUAAACAACCGGGUGAACCGGUUCGAUCAUUAAAGAGAUUUUGAGCAUCUAGUAGUAGUAAACUAGUAAUAGAGCAGUACUAGACAGCAAAGUACCGACACAGGUGAUGAGAAGUCACUGUGCACGUGGCUCUUAUUUUUGUUGUCGUGGCGCAUGUACAAUUUU